AUGCCUUCCACAAAUGAAUCUUCCUGUCACUUCAUCGUCCUCGGCGCCGGCGUCAUCGGUCUCACCACCGCAUUGACCCUAAGGGCCGAGUACCCGGCAAGUCGCAUCACCAUAUUGGCAGAAUACUUCCCCGGCGACUACCACAUCGACUAUUGCUCUCCUUGGGCGGGAGGUAACUGGUGUUCUUCAGCGAACGACAAUGGCCUUCUCGAGUCGUUUGAUCGCGUUACCUUUGACCGGUUCAGGGAAAUCGCCCAGAACACCCCCGAGGCGGGGAUCAAGAGCUCGUCGCUAAGAAUGAUCUUCGACCAGAAGAUUGAAGAUGCUGAGAUCCUUAGCAAGGGCACCGGAAAGCUUUGGUAUGAAGACUUGGUCGGAGGUACGGUGGCACUGAGCAAGGACGAGCUGCCGGAUAAGGCCGUCUUUGGGCUUGACGUGCCCUCAACGUUUGUGAUCAACACUCAGAUCUACCUGCAGUGGUGUGUACCUCGUCUCUUUUCAAAACUUGGGCGUCUGAACUUAUAA